CACCAGUACAUAAUAAUGAUGCUAAAUUCACCUGUGUGACCACCGGCACUUAGUAAUUAGUAAUAGCUUCAUAGAUUUCACAUUCCGACAGCAGCUAGAAGUUAAAAUUACAAAAUUUAAUGAUAUGGCUGAACCAUCAGACAAACGUGUUCUUUCAAUUCAGAGUUCUGUUGUUUUUGGUUAUGUAGGAAACAAGAGUGCAACAUUUCCCCUUCAGGUAGGCUGGUACUAGUGGGCCUGGUUGGUUCAUGUUGGUACUAGUAUUAGGCUAUACUAGUAGUUAGUCGAGUACGUAGUGCUAGUUACAGCCAGUCUAAUCACUGGUAGGUAGUAUUUAAGUAUGAUUACUCUACCGAUUACUUUAACUCUAUACUAUUGGUAGCAAUUGUGCUAGCUAUUUUUGAUUUACGCUUAAUUUUAAUUAAUUCAUUAAUAUUAAUUAGAAUUAGAUAAAAUUUAAAAUAUUUAUAUUAUUACUACUGACUUAGUACCGGCACAUUUGGAUGUAGUGUUAGAUGACAAAGCUUAUGAAAGAGAAAUUAUGGGAUUCAACAAGACCAAGAAGUUUGUAGAGCAGUUUAAGUAGAGCAUGACAGGCAGAACAUUAGUCAUUACUACUAUUAAAAUUAACUAUUGUUUUGAAAUUUAAUCACAUCCCAAUACUGGUAUUUAUGGUAUGCUUGUUAUUUUUGUCAUUUUUACUUAUAAUUUCAUGCAUUUAAUUUUAUUUUAUAAAAGACUUCUACUUACCUUUUACUUUUAUGAAUAUAAGUUAUUAUAAGAAUAGAUUUAAAAUUUAACAAGCAUAUAUAUUAUAUUUAAUUAAUUAAAAAACAAUAAAUAUGCUUUUAUUUUGUUUUUUCCUUUCUUCCAAUUAUUCUGUUAUCUAACAUGUAACAUUUUCCUUAACAAACACUCAAAUAAAACUAUCCAAAAUACAAAGUUUUGAUGUUAUAAGUUAUGUAAAAGUUUUGUUGUUUAUUGUGUUGUAUAUUGCAUUGAGAAGGUCUCCUGAAAAUUUGGUGGCACUAUCUUUUAAAAUAAAAAAAUUAAAAAAUAUUUUAAAUAUUGUUGGGUUUGUAAAGGGCCAUCCUUAUGUGACGUCACGCGUCUAGGGGUGGAGGGGGGUCACAUUUUUGUGAUGAUUGGGGGGGGGGAGAGCUCAAGAAAUGUGAUGUCUCAUGAAAAGUGGAAUACUAUAGUAAAGAAUUGCACUUAAUAACCUUAAAUUACCUACAUUUUUAACAUUAUUCUUUUGUACAACAAUUAUAAUUAUUUUAUUUUAAACUACGAUCACUGAGAGCAUCAGUACAGGUAUGCGAGUUCCGAGAAAUGGCCUCUGAUUAAGUUACAGGCCAUCACCGAGGAGGAGCAAAUGGGUUUAGUGACAUUGACAGUCAAGAGAAUUUAUUUUAUUAAAAUCUGGAGACGGUAGUCAUAGAAUUAGGACUAACACAUGAAGUGGGAUGGAAUGAAAAAAGUGGAGGAAGGAGGUGCUUGGUGGCCAAAUGGUCUAAACUGACUCAAACCAUAUAGUUGGUGGUGUGGAGUUCCAUCCCCAUCAAAGCCAACAUCUCAAGCACCCCAGAUGGAUGCGACUUGUUAGCCUUUAUUUAUAAAUUUAUAAAUAGUUCUCCCACAUGGUUCACAUAUUAUAUUAUACAUUUGUUACAUGAUCUCAUUCUUUACUGGAUGAUAUGAUGCUCUUUUUUGUAAACUAUUUACAUAUUUUUUUUUUUUUGAAAUUUGCAUUCUUCAUAUUAUUUCCAAUUGUAUAUGUCCCUGAAAAUUAUGAGACUUCUCCAAGAUCAUAGAGACUGUUAGACCCCUUUGCAUGCAUCUUAUAUGGUUUAGGCCAUACUUGAAGUAAAUCAACAUUUAAAGCCAGAAAUUUAUUUAAAAGUAAAAGAUAGUAUACAGAUGACGUUUUCACUUUUUUUCAGCUCCAUGGUUAUGAUGUCAGCACUAUCAAUUCAGUCCAAUUCUCAAAUCACACUGGUAAAUAGCCCUCUAAAUUAGUUAUUUAAAUUAUUGUGACAUUAUUCUUCAUUUCAUUAUUUUCAUUUAAUAAAUAUCACAUGACAAAGUCAUCAAGUUUUUUUUCAACCCCACAAACCUUUAAACAUUAAUUUACUUUUAAAUCUUUAAGCCAUCACAUUCAUAUUUACUAUUACAUGAGUUCUAUGACUUUGAUUAGGAUAUGGAAUAUGGAAAGGUCAAGUUCUAGGUGCUCAGGAUGUAACCGAAUUAUUUAAUGGCCUUCGAAUCAACAAUCUCCUAAACUUUUCUCAUGUACUCACAGGUAUUGAUUAAUCCAACAUUUUUAUGUUACUUGUAUUAUUAUUAUUAGUAUUCAAAUCACAAUUAUUUAAAGGAUCUUUAAGCUGUUCAUCGCCAAAGUGCAAAAGGAUGACUUUCUUGUUUAAAUUUGUUGGUGCUGUUUUUAAGGAUAAUUGAGGUUUUUUUUGUUUUGUUUUUUUUCUGUUCUUGGAAUUUAGGUUACAUUGGAUCAGAAUCAUUUUUAAAGAAAGUUGGUGAAGCUGUUAGGGAAUUGAAGGCCAAAAAUCCCAACUUAAAAUAUGGUCAGUUUUUUUUAUCUUUCUCUGCACAUUUUCAUUUUUAUUGAAUGUUGCUGCUCACUGUGUUUUUAAUUUUGGAAAUAAUGUUGCUUGUAGUUAGAGGAAUAAAAAAAUCCAUCGCAUCUAUUCCUGUGGCACUACAGCCCAUGUAGAUCUUAGGCCCGCCCAAGUAGAUCUUAGGCCCGCCUCAAUUCUUCCUUCCACUAAGACCUAACUAAUGCUUUUCUUUCCCAUGCUUGGAUUCCCAGCUGCUGUAGAUUUUUUUUUCACAUCAUCCAUCCAUCGAAGCCUAAGUGGAAUAAACAAGGGAUAAUAAAAAGUAACAUUAAAUGUUUUAUCAUUAAAUAACCAAAUCCCUGAUAUAGUUAUAUACAAAAAAUAUAUUUUUCAGUUUGUGACCCUGUUAUGGGAGACAAUGGUAAACUGGUAAGUUGUUUCAAUUAAGCGUUCAGUAACAUAAAAAAAAUAAAUAAAUAAAUAAAUUUAUCCCUGGUGCCUAUUUUGCUUUUCUAUUUUUAUUUCAAGCAGCAGUUCAGGAAAUAACAAUCAUUAAUUGGAUCUAGCCCAGGGGUCAACAAUUUAUUUUGCAAAGAUCUACAUAGAAUAUAUUUUGAGAGGUUAGAUCUGAUAUGAGAAAAUAGUGCAGGCUGUGCCAAAUUGUAAUAUUUUGGCUACAUAUCAGAGCCUCCAAAGAGAGAAAAAUACAAAGAUAGAGGAAAUCGGUUACACAAUAGUGUAUGCUUUGAGAUUUUAGAGACUUAAACUUAAAAUAAUUUUUUUUAAAUAUUUCAUUAUAGUGGUCCAAUGUUACCCCCUGAAUGUCUUCUACUUCUGUAAGAUAUAAACUAAAUUAAUGUGUGUGAAGUAGUGAUAAAAUUCAUGAACUCAAGGGAGCCUGCCUCUAUCAAUAGAUUUUUUUUUACUACUCUUUCUAAAGUAGGGCUUGUCUUGAUUGAAUAAGGUAUUUAAAUAUAUCUCUGAUCUCCUCAGUAUGUGAGUGAAACAUUAGUACCAGUUUACAGAACAGAGAUUGUGGAACAAGCAGACAUCAUCACACCCAAUCAGUUUGAACUAGAGUUAGUUUCUCAGAUUGAUUUCAGUGUGUCAUUUAAUUUAAGCCAAAUAUUCCACAAAGAGAAAUAUUUCAUGCAGUGAAAGUUAAUUCAUAAUCAAAUCUCAUCUAAAGUUAUGUUAUGGAAAGAAUACAAUUUAUUUUUUUUUAACUGUACGUUUUUGUUGUCAUUUUUCAGACAGCUUACACAAUUGGAAAUAAAAAAUGAAGAGCAAGCCUUCAUGGCUAUGAACGAAUUGCAUAAGAGAGGGGUUAGCAUAGUAGUCCUGAGCAGUAGCACUCUUGGAGACAAGAAUACAUUAUUAUGUCUUGCUAGCAUCAGAAGAGGUCAGUCUGUUGCUCCAUUUUAAAAACAAAAUUCCUGUCAGUGUGUUACUGUGUUUUUGCUAGCGCUGUUGGUGGUUAAAAGAAUUUAGGUUUCAUUUUCAAUUUUUAAACAUUCAGAUUAUCUGACGUCAUUAUUCAGUUUGUUUCUUCAAAAAUUAACAAAUUCAAUAAAUGCAUUAAAGGCUUUUGUUGUUGUGUAUCAUGAUUUUCACAGACUAGAAAGUCUUGGGUGAAUAAUAUUUUUUUACAAUGAAAAACUAAAUUACUUUGGGUUUCUGAAAUAUGUUUUUGUAAUAAGGGCCAUCAAAUCCUUUUUAAUGAUGUGAUUCAGUUUUUGGUGGGUAUUUUUUUUCUCCAUUUUAGGUGAAGUAUCCAAGAAAUAUCGCUUAAAGAUUCCUUUACUUGGUGCAAUUUUUGUGGGAACAGGAGAUCUGUUUGCUGCUUCUCUGUUGACAUGGUUAGAUAAAGAGAGUGAGUUCAAGGUGAGAUCAUUGUUAGAUAAAGAGAGUGAGUUCAAGGUGAUAUCAUUGUUAGAUAAAGAGAGUGAGUUCAAGGUGAGAUCAUGGUUAGAUAAAGAGAGUAAAUUUAAGGUUAUAUCGUCGUUAGAUAAAGAGAGAGAGUUCAAGGUGAGAUCAUUUUUAGAUAACGAGAGUGAGUUCAAGGUCAGAUCAUUUUUAGAUAAAGUGAGAUUGAGUUCAAGGUGAGAUCAUUGUUAGAUCAAGAUAGUAAAUUUAAGGUUAUAUCAUGGUUAGAUAAAGAGAGAGAGAGUUCAAGGUGAGAUCAUUUUUAGAUAAAGAGAAUGAGUUGAAGGUGAUAUCAUUUUUAGAUAAAGAGAGUAAAUUUAAGGUUAGAUCGUGGUUAGAUAAGGAUAGUAAAUUCUAUAUCCGGCUGCAACAAGAUAGCGGAGAAAAAAUUCAAAUGAACACAAAAGGAAGGAAACAUGGAUUUUACAAGAAAAUAAUUGUAUGAAAUAGUUCUUUCUUAUGAAUAUAUGCUUAAGAAUCUGCAGAGGAUCAGAAUCUUUGUUUCGGAUUUGUAAUUUUUCUCUCAACAACAUUUCGUUAACAAAAUCUCCAUUGUCACUAAACAAAGGAUAACUUCUGGCUACAACAAGAUGGCGGUAUAGUAAUACAAAAUAGGAAGGAAUCUCAGUGUUUAGGCGCUUCAGUAAAGCAAGGGGGAUAGUUAAAGAUGAUUAUUGGAAAUUGGCUUCGACGCAAGAAAAUUCGAACUUUUAAUUAAUUUUUAUUGUUUUGCGGUUCCAUUCAGGAUCAGAAUUUAUGCUGUUAUCAACGUAUUUCUCCUUUAAAUUACAACUACAAUAUAGAUCUACUGUUAGGCUGAAUAGGAAGAAGCCAUCUUGUUCGGAAACAGCCGGAAGUCUCUGUACUCAGCUCUCACCUGUGGUUCCAAGAAGCUGUAACAUGCACAGCGACUACAACCCAGACAACGAUUCCAGGCUGAGGGUAGCCGAAGGGCAUAGAACUUUCGAAAAAAAAGGGGUUGUCCUCCAUAGCAUGUAAAGACUGAAUCCGGUAAAUUGUGCGGAAGAACCACUACUUGGUCAACGGGUAAAAGGCAGAGACAGCACAGUGGUGUGAAUCGCUGAGAACAUGACCAGACACGUAGAACGCCAUGGUCAUUCACUGCAUGGGUGACUGGGUGGCCGAAUGGUCUAAAUUGAGCAAACCUCAAUUUCAGCCAAAGGCCGGUCAAGCAAAAACAUCACCCCGGGUGGAUGAGACUCGUUAACCUUGGUCGGCAACUCAUCUAAGAGAAGGAAACUCUGAAUUCAAACCCGGAGUUGGAGUCCCGUAAGGCGCAUACAAUGUCAACUCCUGCAACCGUACCCAUCCCUGGUCGUCUUGGCGUAAAGUCUUGCCACUGGAUAUGGUGGGCUCGGACGAGAGAGUGAGGUUGACGCUGCGCAACUCUUCCUCACUUUAAACAAAAGUCACCUGCGCAAGUCAUCAGUCACCAGACGACUCGAUGGUCAUCGUCGAUCCUCGACGGACGAACAACACACAAAUUCAAAGUGAGGUUGGGGUAACAAAAUGAUAGUGAAUUCAAGAUGAAAUCUUGGUUAGAUAAAGAGAGUGAAUAAAGGGUGAGGUUUUUUCUCAUGAGAAGUAAAGAGCUUGUUAGAAACUUAAAGUUUAUAAAUAGUAAAGCAUAAAUCACCCACCCUAUGUUGACUUGCAGUGCAAUAAAGGGGUUAUACAUUAAUAAUUAUAGAUGGCUUGGAGCAUCUCACCAACUUUAGAUCUUCUCAUCUUCUUAAAUGGGAUAUCAGAACCGUCUCUAACAAAUGGCAUAUAUUCUGCAAUAUAUGGAUAUCGUAAAAGCAAUUGAAGGCCUGUAUUACAGAUAUUCAUUAAAAUAUUUUUUUUAAUUAAUCAGUGUUGUUUAAACAUGUAUAAUUUUUUUUUUUUUUUGUAUUUAAUUUCUUUGGGGACUACUUUAAAAUUAUCAAAUCUACUUGAAAGAUUGCUAACAGAUAAGUGUGGCAUUGAGUAAAUAAUUAUUUUAAAUAGUACAGUCUAGCUGACUUCUAAUGCAAAAAUGUACAUUUCAGGAUGCUCUUGAGAAAACUGUCAGUGUUGUACAGCAUGUCAUCAGAAGAACAUAUGAGCAUGCCCAAAGUAAGUUGAAAAGUCUGAACUGAGCAAUUAUUUUGUUAAAAUAAAAUAGCUGAGAUUGAAUAGUUUAUGUUGUAUUACCCUGUAGGGAUUAAUUUGUAAAAGGCAUUAAAAAAAUAUUUAGAAAUUCCUGAUUAUAAUUUUUAAUUUGAUGAAUUUUAUUUUGUUAAAUAGUUAAUCAUACUUUUUAUGUAAAAUAUUAAUUGGCAAAUGCUUUCAACAGUACAACAAAAAACAUUCAGUAAAUUAAAUUUUCAUAAUAUAUAUGUGGGUGUGUAUCCUUCCUAAUAUUAAAUUUUUUAAAUGUGUGUUUCAAUCUUUUUAAAAAGUUCUACAAUUCCAAUAAAUUUGAGACAUACCAAACUAGACAUAAACCAAACUAUAUGCUUGGCUAAAGUAAGAUAAAAUUGUUUAUUACCUUUUAACAAAUGAAAGCAAUGUUACCAGCAAAGCUGUGUGCAUCACUAAUAUAUUAAAUCUGUAAACUUUUCACUGAUUAUAUUUGGGAUAAGUGAGAUCAUUAUAAUGUAAUAGAUGGAAUUGAUGGUAUUUGCAGGCAUCCCUUUAUUUUUGUUAGAUUAUUCACAAUCAAGGACACCUAUAGUUCUUUUUUAUAAUAGAUAUAUUUUCAAGUCAAUUUUCCAUUAACCUUGUAUUAAUGUUGUGUAAUUUGUAUUCUGUAAUAUUCCUACAUUUACAUUUCGUUUGAAAACUAGGACUUGAAUUUUAACACUUUCAAAGGAACGAUGUUGUUAAUUUAAUAUACCAGGGAUCUGACUAAAUCUAAAGAACCUCGUCUUCUAAUUGUUUCUCAUUGUUUCUGAUUCCCCCAGGAUUAGUAGGUCCAGGAGAGACACCAUCUAUGGCACAGAUGGAGCUACACUUAGUUCAGUCUAAAAAGGAUAUUGAAGAUCCACAAGUCCUGAUUCAGGCAGAGGAGUUGUAACAUAUUUUGCUCCUUUAGUUGUUAUCAACUCUUUCACUUACAUUCAGGGAAUUUUUUGUGUGAUCAGUUCUGAACGUAUCAUUAAUCAGAUUUAUAUAUAAAUAACAAAAUUAACAGAGAGCAUAAAAUGCAAUUACCUCUUUGCUGCACAAAAUUAUUUCUUUGAUGUCCAAAUCAUAAGAGCAAAACAAGCCUAAAUAAACCAAAUAAUAUAGGGACAUCUGUUUCUCCAACUGAAGUACUUAAAAACUUUAUUUUUUAAAUCAUGUAGAAAUCUUUCUCAGGUGUGCUAGCAAAAUUGCAUUUGUUAAAUAAUUUUCUUUUGCAAGGGCUUAUGUCUUGAAAUGCAAUAAAUAAAUAAAACUGCCACUGAACAACUGAAUGAAAUAUUUAUAGAUUUAAUAAAUUAUUUAUUUAAGGCUUUAUCUAUUUUGAUACUUAUUCAUAAGUUUAUUGAGUUCGAUAAUUACAUUCCCUUUUUCAUUUAAAUAUAUCACCUUAGCAGUUUGAAAUAAUUCAAACAUCUUCUCAAUUAUGCAAAAAUAUCUUUACGAGGAAUAUUUUAAAUUUGGCUUGAUUCAGCUCCCUGGGGAAACAUUGAUAAUCCCUCCUAAAACACAGUUUUUGUAUCACUCUGUUAACUCCCAUAAACAGAUUGUUUACCUUGAUUGUAAUUAAAAUUUCAUUUAUAAUGUAUUUUUCUUUCUCCAUUUAUACUUGAUACAAUCAUAAGAUGUCUUCCAUUGUUAAAAUUUUGUUCUUGUCUCUGAUAAUGUCUUUCUGUCACCCAUGUCUCUGUUUAUUUAUAAAGUUGUAUUUCUCAGAAGAAACAAGAAACUUGAUCUCUUGUACACAAUAUGUGUUCAGAUAGUAAUAUGUUCAAUUAGUUAAGAUUUCACUGCUACUGUUGCAUGUGAUAUACUCUGGCAUUCUUCCUUUUUGGAAAAUAACUUUUUGUUUUAAAAUACAUGGCAUUAAAAUCAGUAUCUUACAAAAGAAAAUUCAGCGCAUGUUUCAUUCAGCCAAAAAAAAUUUUAAACAACUAUGUACUUUAAAAAAAGAAAUUAGAAAGUCAGAUUUGAAGUUUUUUGUUUGGUUACAGCAGGCCUCAGUUUGGUUACAGCAGGCCUCAGUUUGGUUACAGCAGGCCUCAGUUUGGUUACAGCAGGCCUCAGUUUGGUUACAGCAGGCCUGCACAACUCAGAAGAUAAGGCAAGGGCCGUAUGUUGUGCAGGCCUGGGGUACAGUAUUAAAAUAGCUUGCAAGUGUAUUUACUGAUUACGGUAGUUUUGAAGUGUUCGUCAUUUACUACUGACAUCAACUAUAACUGUCUGAAAGUAAUUUUGUUUUUUUCUAUUUAAAUCAUUGAAACCCUAUAGAAAUGUUCACUUUGUUAUUGCUUUUAAUUUUACAUAUAUAUUUAUGAAGGGCUGUUGUGUGAUAAAUUGUUACUUUGAAUGUAACUAUUCAUAAAAUGACCUGUAAUACUUUCUUUGAGAAUACAAAACUCCUGUUGUCAUAAAAUGUUCCAUUCUUCUGUUUGAGUUUGUCUCCUUACAAAGGUAUAAAUGUUUAUAAAGAAAUUUAUUUGUCAUCAACAAUUGUUUUCAUAAAAACAUAAAUUAACUUUCAUUAAUGCAGUAUGGUAUUGUUUCCAAAUUUCACUUGAGCUUUGGUCACCACUUAUGCCCUGUGAGCUCUGGUCACCAGUUAUGCCCUGUGAGCUCUGGUUACCAGUAGUGCCCUGUGAGCUCUGGUCACCAGUUAUGCCCUGUGAGCUCUGGUCACCAGUUAUGCCCUGUGAGCUCUGGUCACCAGUUAUGCCCUGUGAGCUCUGGUUACCAGUUAUGCCCUGUGGGCUAUUGUUGUGGCGCCCAGCUACCAGAUGAACUAAUAAAAAAAAUAUUAUUUUAUCUUCUCAGUCAAGCAAAUGUCAAAAUAGGUUUACCCUGUGGGAAAGUUCCAUUUCACUGCUUGUGUUCCACUUAUCAAAUGUGUAUCAACAUAAAAACUGACAGAUGUCAGUGCAUGUCAUGAAACUCUAACCAUUAAGCAUGAAACCCUUGCCAUUAAUUUUUUGAUACAAAACAUUAUCAGUUCUUCCACUUAUUACAAUCAUUGUCUCUUAAACUUGUCACAAUCAUUGCCACUUCCACUUAUGACUAUCAUUACCAAUUUGAUUUAUCACAAUCAUUUCCAAUUCCACUUAUCACAAUCAUUGCCACUUCCACUUAUCAUAAUGAUUGCCACUUCAACUCAUCACAAUAAUUGCCUCUUCAACUCAUCACAAUCAUUGCCACAUCUUACAUUCCAGUAUUUCCAGUAAUGGUAUUAAAAACAAAGAUAUAUUUAUACUCUCAUUAUGUCACAUAUUAGUACAGCACAAUUGUAUACAAAUACAAUCCACAAAUGUUAUUUAAAAAAAGCUGUAUGUAAGAAAACUAGUUUUAAACUCUACUUGUAAGAUUGCUGACAGAUAAGUUUGGUAUUGAGUAAAUCAUUUAAAAAGUACAGUCUAACUGAUUUCACUAAGGCAACAUUGAAAUACAAUUGUAUACAAUCCACAAAUGUUAUUUUUUUAAAAUUGCAUUGUAAGAUUACUAUUUUUAAAGUGUUAAAUAAACUUGAGUAUUUAUUUCCCUUUCCAUUUUGAAAAUGAGUAUUGGAACGUGUAUUAGUUGUAUGUGGGUGUUUGAGGGAAUUACAAUUAAAUAGUAGCAACAGUAUACAUGUAACAUACAAAUAAUUCUGACUAGUCUAUUGUGCUGUAAUUAAAAUCACUGUGUUAAAUUUGUAACGUUAUAUGUACUCAUGGCACUCG